AUCCGAUAAACUUGGAGAGUACUGAUCUAAUCCACUGUCCUCACAAGUGUCAAGACUGUUGGAUUCGCACCGGCUGAGGCACAGAAAACAUCUGAAGAAAAUGAAGGCCGUCAUGAUUUUCGGGCUCCUCUUCGCUGUAGUCUACUGCCGUCCUGUAAAACGCUCAGCAAGCAGCUCAGAGAGCUCUGAGGAACAGGCAGUUGCCAAACUGCCACUCCCAGUUCUUGAUAAAGGCCCUGCAGAUCCACUAAAGGCAGCACCUGCACAGGACUUGAAAGCAGCCGUAGUAGCAGCAGCAUCUGACGAGGACACUGACGAUUCAGAUGAAACUGAGGACAAAAACACAGAAUCAGACACAGAGGGAGACAGUGCAGACAGCGCAGACACGCAAGACACGCAAGACACUUACACAGAUGACUCCAGUGAGAGUGCUGAAUCAGGAGAGACUGAGGCCACUACCGUCCCACCUGUAACCGUGGAGCCCACCCUGGACCCUAUUAUUGACAACGGUCGUGGAGACAGCAUGGGCUACCCCAGCGACUACAAGAAGACCAUCAUCUAUGUGGAUGCCAACGACAUUGAGAAAAUUCCUUUUCCCUACAAGUCCAACGGACCUGACAAAACUGAUGACCUGAACAGCAUCAGCAUGAAGACAUCUCAUUUUGAUGGCCAGGAAGCUAAUGAUGUGGAGAAGCAUCUGAAGGUGUACAAGGCUCUGCAGGUGCACAAUGAAGUCCUGGAGGAGGAUACUAGCACUCCAGAGGAGGAGAGCCAGGGUCUGGAGGUUGCCAGCAGAACAGAGGACGAGGGGCCCAGUGCAAAGCAGGCAUCCCUGGGUAGUGAGGAGAGUGCCAGUGCCAGCGAUGCCAAUGGUGAGAGCGCAAGUGCUAGUGCCAGCCAGGAGGAGACGGAAGAGUCUGACAGCAGCAAGAGCAGCGAGGAGGCCACUGCCACCCCUGGGGCUGCAGACACAGAGAAUGACUCCUCUCAGAGCUCUGAGAGUCAGGAGGAUGACUCCGCCGAGCAGGCCAUGGAAACCACGACCGAUGUCCCUGACGUCAUAAUCGCCAAAUAAACACACCACGAAGCACAAGACCCCAAUAACUGCUGUCCACAGUGAAGUAUGCAACCGUAUCCAGAGUGGUGCUAAUAAAUGACUCACUUCACAGUGCAUAAGAGAGAAAAAGGGAAAAUAAGUAGCACAGAGCAAUAAUACAGUUCAGACAAGCCUGGUCCAGGGCUGUGGCUGCAUGAGGCUACCUGUAAAGAAGCAGUUUCAUCUCAACAAAACAACAUUUUGCACAUGUAUUUACAUUAUGUUUAUGUAAAAUAUUUUAUUCUACCAUGUAUCAUGAUUUAUCCUUAAUGAAUAAAUUCUUUUUUUUCAA